CUAAAAGGACAACCCCCCCGCACCCAAGUGUUUUGUUCCGACGUCUUCCUCGUAGCGCAACAUUUUGCCUAAAUAUAUUUUAGCUUUAUUCCUUGCGACAGUUAAAAAAAUAAAAUAAAAAUAUACAAAAAAGCAAACGAAGAGAAAUGUGUGUCCCUUCUUCCAAAGCGUUACGUUUCGCAUCUAAUCUUCCUCAGCUUCAGCUGUACUCUUGACUUUCACUCUGGAACAGCCUAGAGAAAGAGGAAGGACACCAAGCACAAGAGCAGGGAGUAGUUGAAGGGUCAAAAGCUUGGAGAAGGAGCUGGUUUUGAAAACCCAGAAUCUGUUGUUUGAUUUUUUUUUUUUUAUUGGGUUUGGUUGUAGUGGCGGAAUAUGGAUUUCUGCUCAAUGUUUGUCUGCUGGAAGGGUUCGGAUCGGAAAGAACGAGGGAAGAAGGAGCAAAGAUGGAGAGUCUUUUCUUUGAAGGAGCUGCACGCAGCCACGAACAAUUUUAAUUAUGAUAACAAGCUUGGAGAAGGGGGAUUUGGCAGUGUUUACUGGGGUCAGCUUUGGGAUGGAUCACAAAUUGCAGUCAAAAGGUUGAAGGCUUGGAGCAACAAAGCAGAUAUGGAAUUUGCUGUUGAGGUUGAGAUACUGGCACGAGUACAGCAUAAGAAUCUGCUAACUUUACGUGGCUAUUGCGCUGAGGGGCAAGAGCGUUUGAUCGUGUAUGACUACAUGCAAAAUUUAAGCUUGCUAUCUCAUCUUCAUGGGCAGCACUCAGCAGAAUGCCUUCUUGAUUGGGACCGAAGGAUGAGUAUUGCUGUUGGAGCUGCUGAUGGAAUCGCCUAUCUCCACCACUACUCCACCCCUCAUAUAAUCCAUAGAGACAUUAAAGCAAGCAAUGUGUUACUAGAUUCAGAAUUUAAGGCUCAGGUUGCUGAUUUUGGAUUUGCAAAAUUAAUCCCUGAUGGUGUAACACAUGUGACUACGAGAGUUAAGGGUACCCUUGGCUACCUUGCACCUGAAUAUGCUAUGUUAGGGAAAGCAAAUGAGAGUUGUGAUGUUUACAGCUUUGGGAUACUUCUGAUAGAGAUUGCUAGUGGCAGGAAACCCAUUGAAAAACUGAGUUCAACAAUGAAACGCUCAAUUACUGAUUGGGCGCUGCCAUUGGUUUGUGAGAGAAAGUACGAUGAGGUAGCAGAUCCAAAGCUUAAUGGUAAGUAUGUAGAGGAAGAGCUGAAAAGAGUUGUCUUGGUUGCUCUCAUAUGUGCUAACAGUCGACCCGAGAAAAGACCCACGAUGCUUGAGGUGGUGGAGCUUCUGAAGGGAGAUUCGAAAGUAAAAUUAGCUGAACUGGAAAAUAAUGAACUGUUCAAGGCCCCUCAAGCUGCAGAUUAUAAUGAUGGGGCAUCAGCUGCGGAAGACAGCUUAGACUUCAUCUCAGAGGAGAAGGAUUCAAAACCGGAAUUGAAAGAGGAGAUCUGAGACUACUAACUGCAGUAUAGAUUCAAUGUGAAAUAUGUAUUUAGUUACAAUAUUUGGGUUUAUCUGGGCUAGGUGUCACUGGCCGUUCUUUUUAUUAGUAUUGGCUACUGGCUACUGUCAAGAAAGCUUGGUUUUGUGCGUGCUGUGAGAUUUAUUGUGCGUUGCUUAUCAA